AGGGGCAAGGCCGAGGCCGCGCGCGCUGGAGCCGGCUAAGCCUGGGGGUGGGAGAACGCCCGGGGUAUUGGGGUCACGGUGGCAUUAGCCCAGCGCAAGCCGGGCCGGGCUGACUCAGCGCGCGGCCCCGGCCCUGUGGCCACUGCCCGCCCGUGGGGACAGAGAUGGGAGAUGGCGCGGGUGCUGGCCCUGGUGCUGCCCGUCCAGCGCCGCAUCCGUCUGGCGCAGGGCCUCUGGCUCCUCUCCUGGGUGUUGGCGCUGGCCGGAGGCCUCACCGUCCUCUGCAGCGGGCACCUCCUGGUCCAGAUCUGUCACCUUGGCUCUUUCUUGGCUCCCACCUGCCCCUUCCAUGCCCUGCCAAAGGUGGCCCUGGCAGCCGGGGCAGUGGCUCUGGGCACGGGGCUGGCGGGAGCAGGAGCCAGCCGCGCCAGCCUGGAUGCCGCUCAGUACCCUUCCUGGAGAGGGGUCCUGGGCCCACUGCUGGUGGCCAGCGCGGCCGGCGGUGGAGGACUCUUGUUGGUCAGCUUGGUGCUAGCCCUGGCUCUGCCAGCGAGUCUGGACUCGGGGCUGGAGGAGGGCCUGGGCGCCGCCUUGGCACACUACAAGGACACAGAGGUGCCCGGCCACUGCCACGCCAAACGGCUCUUGGAUGAGCUGCAGCUGCAAAACCAGUGUUGCGGGCGCCACGGGUACAAGGACUGGUUUGGGGUCCAGUGGGUCAGCAGCCGAUACCUGGAUCCCAAUGACCCGGACGUGGUUGACCGGAUCCUGAGUAACGUGGACGGCCUGUACCUCACGGACGGGGUCCCUUUCUCCUGCUGCAACCCCCACUCACCGCGGCCUUGCCUGCAAAGCCGGCUCUCAGACCCCCAGGCCCACCCCCUCUUGGAUGCGGAACCGCUCAGCCUAAACCUCUGGGCCCACGGCUGCCAUGGGGUUCUGCUGGGGCGUCUGCAGGGGCUGGCGAGCACACUGGGCAGUGUGCUGGCCGCCACCUGCCUGCUGCACGUUCUAGUGCUCCUGGGCCUGCGGUACCUGCAGACAGCCCUGGAGGGGCUUGGAGGCGUCAUCGAAGGAGAGGGGGAGACCCAGGGCUACCUCUUCUCAGGGGGGCUGAGAGACACGCUCAAGGCCGCGUGGGUGCACGCAGUGGGUGGCCGCAGGCCCGCCCCUGAAGAGACCCCCCCACAGGAGCCUCCUGAGAACGGUUCACCCGAAGAAUAGCUGGGGCUGGAGGCCCUUGGCUCACUCGGGCCGACCCGGGUUCGAUGCCCGAGCCCUUCCAGGGCGGAUCCCUGAGUGCAGAGCCGCAAGCAAGGCCUGAGCCCUGCAGGGUGUGGCCCCAAACCAAACCCACCCCACCCCCCAGAAAAAACAUCUGAGGUCUAGUGACCUGGCAGGAGGGAGGGGGGCGGGGGCUGGGAACCUCACCACUCUGGGUAUAGUUCGGGGGGCCACACCCAGCGGUGCUGAUGGGCACUGGGGUCUGUCACGUACACGUGCUGAACCCACCGAGACUCCGAGGGCCUGGCCUCACAAUUUCUUUCUUUUUUUUUUUUUUGGGUCACACCCGGUGAUGCUCGGGGUUACUCCUGGCUCUGCCCGCAGGAAUCACUCCUGGCGGUGCUCGGGGGACCCUCUGGGGUGCUGGGAAUCGAACCCGGGUGGGCCGCAUACAAGGCUGUCGCUCCAGCUCUGCCUCACAACUUCUUCCUGAGGCCCCCAACGGGGGCACCUCGGGAUUCAAGGGGUUACAGCAAGUGUGAGCUCCGGGGUCUGGCUGCGGCUCCCCCUGGCACCGACUCAAUAAAGCUUCUGGACUGAG